AUGAAGCAAUCUCUCAUAACUUCUCUCGCCGCCCUUGCGGCCUCGACUUCCGGAGUUUCCGCCUCCGAGAGCCUCCUCAGCGUCCCAAUCGGACUCUGCACGGCCAUCCUCGGAGAGACCGAGUGCCACCAAAAGACCACCAGCAAUGGACUGAUCAAUGUCCCCGUGAAUGGAUGCUUGGCGGCGUUGGGUAAGGCCAAGUGUGAUCAGGUCUCCACUUCCGCCAAUGACCAGGGCUCCCUGAUCAGUGUUCCUGUCAAUGUUUGCCUGGCUGUGCUGGGCGAGGCUCACUGCAAACAGAGCCAGAACUCCAAUGGCGGACUGAUCAACAUUCCCGUCAACCUGUGUCUGGCUGUCCUAGGAGAAGUCGAGUGCAAGGAUCACUCGUCUCAGCCUCCCUCCUCUGGCCAAGGUGGUGACCAUGGCCAUGGCAGCGAUGGGGGUUCGCUCAUCAAUGUUCCCGUCAACGUGUGUGCGGCCGUCCUCGGCGAGGCUCACUGCCAGCAGAGCACCAAUGUGGGUGGAUUGAUCAGUAUCCCCGUCAACACAUGCCUUGCGGUUCUUGGCGAGGCUGAGUGCAAAGAUCACUCCCCUCAGCCUCCUUCCGCCGGCCAAGGUCACGGAAAUGAAGGCGGCUCUCUGAUCAAUGUACCUGUCAGUGUCUGCGCAGCGAUCCUGGGUGAGGCUCACUGCCAGCAAAGCACCAGCGUUGGUGGAUUGAUCAGCGUUCCCCUUGACACAUGUCUUGCUGUCCUUGGUGAGGCAGUUUGCAAGCAGUACCCAUCGUGCGACGGCGGAAAUGGAAGCGGCAAUGGUAACAACGGUGGCCACGGUGGUGAUGGCGGUAACGGUGGCUCCCUGAUCAAUGUUCCCACCAGCGUCUGCACGGCUAUUCUGGGCGAGGCUCAGUGCCAGCAGAGCCCUGGACCUUCCGGCGGUCUGAUCAGCAUCCCCAUCGGUGCGUGCAUUGCUGCCCUGGGCGCGGUCGAGUGCAAUGGCUAUCCUUCCGUUACCGGUGGCAAGCCGGGCUCGAUUCCUCCUCCCACCAGCCUUCCCGGUGGUCCAGCUGGCGGAGUCACUGGCACUGCCACCCUGACCGUCCCUACUGGUGGGAUGCCGACUGCUACUAUUACCUCUUCUUGCACCGAUGCAGUGACCACUGCUCCCGGUAUUGUGCCCUCUGGCAGCUCUCCUUCUACUGGUGCGCCCUCUGGUACCGUUCCUGUUGUCUCCACCGGUCCUGGCUCCGCUUCAUCUGGCGGCGUUGCCACCAGUGCCAUGUCCACCGGUGCCUCUCCCUCUGGUCCGGGCUCAGCCUCCACCUCGCCAGCAGCUGGGGCUCCUACCGGCGCUCCUGUCGUAAGCUCUCCUUCUGGGUCUCCCGCAGGACCCGGCGCAGGCUCUUCUGGCUCUCCUUCUGGCUCCGGCACGGGCUCUUCUGGGUCUCCCUCAGGCUCUUCAGGCUCUCCCUCAGGCUCUGGCACAGGCUCUUCUGGCUCCGAUAUGGGCUCUUCUGGCUCUCCAUCGGGCCCUGACACAGGCUCUUCUGGCUCUGGUAUGGGCUCUUCUGGGUCUCCCUCAGGCUCUUCAGGCUCUCCCUCAGGCUCUGGCACAGGCUCUUCUGGCUCCGGUAUGGGCUCUUCUGGCUCUCCAUCGGGCUCCGGCAUGGGCUCUUCUGGCUCCGGCAUGGGCUCUUCUGGCUCUGGUAUGGGCUCUUCAGGCUCUGGAAGCAUGCCCUCUGGUGCUGGUGCAGCAUCCAUGGGUGCUCCCGCCGUGUCUGCCGCACCCGCGCCCUCCAAGUCUAGCGCCUCUUCGGCCAUGGGCACCGACACCGUCACCGCCAUUGUCAUUCCCGCCGGGGUCAAGACUUCUUCGAUGCACCGUGUUCCCUCGUCUACUCCAUCCGCAUCUCUCGGCGCUGGUCAUGGCUCUUCGGGCUCUGGCGCCGUCUCUGGUGCUGCUCCUGGCUCUUCGAGCGUCGGCUCCUCGGGCCCCGGCAGCUCCUCUUCGGGUCUGCCGCUCUUCAACGCGGCUGGUCGGGCCUCUUUCUCCAGCCUUGCCGUUUUCAUCGGCGCUCUUUUCGCAGCCUUCAUGCACAUUUAA